UGGAGUGUUUGACACGGUGCUGGAAUUGAUUUAGUGUUUUAUUUAGAAAAGUUAUUCUUCGACUGUUUUCUACUCUCAAAGAUUAUGCAUUACAUACAAUAAAUGUGUAUUAACUAUUAAAUAUUUUUAAUAACUAAAUAACGUUUGCAAAGUGCUCAUUAGCGCAAAUAAUUCGACGUAAUCAUGGCGGAUCCUUUAAGUUUACUUCGCCAGUAUAAUGUAAAUAAAAAAGAGAUUAUUGAACGCGACAACCAAAUUAUUUUUGGUGAAUUUUCAUGGCCAAAAAAUGUAAAGACUAAUUACCUUGUCUGGGGAUCUGGAAAAGAGGGAAGUGAUAAAGAAUAUUAUACCCUGGAUUGUCUGUUGUUUAUACUCAAAAAUGUACAAUUGGCCCAUCCAAUUUACGUUAAGCAAGCAGCUGCCGCUAAUAUUCCUCCUGUACGGCGUCCUGAUCGUAAAGAGUUGCUUGCUUAUUUAAAUGGUGAAACGGCAACAUGUGCAUCAAUAGAUAAAAGUGCACCUUUGGAAAUAUCAACACAGGUUAAACGCACUCAUGAUCAUGAUGGAGGUGAAUCUGCAGCUAAGAAGCCUCGUAUUGAGGAAACACACGUUCAGAAAGUGCGAGAACAGCUGGCGGCACGUCUGGAUGCGCCUAAAGAAGCUUCUGUUACUGUUGAUAAUAUUAAGUCCCUAUCCGAGGCUAUGUCUGUGGAAAAAAUUGCCGCAAUCAAAGCGAAACGUUUAGCUAAGAAACGAACAACUAUCAAGAGUAAUGAUUAUUCAGACACACUUGGUGUUGUGGGGUCCGAUCUCAGAGCCAUCCUUGACUAUGAUGUUGACCUUACUAAAGAUAUUAUUAGUCGAGAGCGGCAAUGGAGGACCAGAACUACAGUAUUACAAAGUAAUGGAAAAACUUUUGCAAAAAGUAUUUUAGCCCUUCUUGGUAGUAUAAGAGCCAGGGAAGAGGGCAGGCCAGGAGCACCUAGACCGCAACCAGUGGUUAUGCCUCCACCUUCAGCUAUACCUGCACAGCAAACUCAGUAUAACAGAUACGAUCAGGAAAGAUUUAUCAGACAGAAAGAAGAAACGGAGGGUUUCAAAAUUGAUACUAUGGGAACAUAUCAUGGUAUGACCCUAAAGUCAGUGACGGAAGGGCCAAGUGUGCCAGCACCAGCUCGUGCUCCACAAACACCAAAUCAUCCAAGACAAAUGCCACAGGGCGUGGCGCCGGGCGGCACCCCGCGGCGCGAGCUGCUGCCGGCGGCGGCGGCGCGCGCGCCCGCGGGCGGCAAGCGGCCCUCGCGCACGCCCAUCAUCAUCAUCCCCGCCGCCGCCACCUCGCUCAUCACCAUGUACAACGUCAAGGACAUGCUGCAGGAGCUCAAAUUUGUACCAGUUGAGCAGAAGAAAGCAGAGGGUGCAGUUCGGGAAAAUGAAGUAUUAUUACAAAGAAGGAAAGGACCCACCGGUGAUCAAGUACCUAAUAAUGCGACUACGAUAACGGUACCUUAUCGAGUAGUAGACAAUCCUGCAAGAUUAUCUGCUGCCGAAUGGGAUCGAGUGGUCGCUGUAUUCGUCCAAGGCCCGGCAUGGCAGUUCAAAGGGUGGCCAUGGGAUGGAAAUCCUGUUCAGAUCUUUGCUAAUAUAUGCGCGUUCCACCUGAAGUUCGACGAGAUGAAGCUGGACGCGAACGUGGCGCGUUGGGCGGUGACGGUGCUGCACCUCAGCCGCACCAAGAGGCAUCUCGACCGCGCCGCCCUACUCGCCUUCUGGGAGACGCUCGACAAACACAUGAUGAAGAAUAAACCGCACCUUAGGUUUUAAGUUUGUUGUAGAAUUAUGAAAUUUUAUCCUAUAGACUAUUAUACCGUGUGAAUAUCCAGAAGCCUUAAAAGCAAUUAAAAUCUAAGUCAAUUCGUACCAUUUAAAGAAUAUUUUGGUAAUAUUUCAUUAUAGUUAUAUAAUAUUUUUUCCUUUACUAUCCAUUGUAGUAGAGUUAUUGUCUUUUAUUAUAAUGAAAAAAUAUUUUCUUUGAUUAACAAAAGGUUAUCGCAAUAUAAGGUCCGUUAUAAUCAAUGAAUAAUAUUAGACAAUUACGUACUAUUUUUAAAAUUUAUACAUUAUUCAUUGUUUAUAAUGUUAUAUGUAAAAGAGACCUUGCAUUAAUAAAAUGAAAAAGUGUAUAAUGGUCGCAACUUCGUUGAACGUUGUAUAAGGAAAUAUAUUUUGUCACUAUGCUGUUGUUAUGGAUAUACGAUAAAAUAUUAGUCCCAACUAUGUUGAGUUGCAUUAAAAUCAAUUCAAUACUAUCCGUGGUAAUGCAUUUAAAGUUAAACAUUUAUAUUAACAACAGUUUGAGGCAAUUGUUAAAUAGUCUGUGAUUCAUCGUUUUGGAAUAUAUUUCUUACAUAGCCCACGCUUUGUAUACACUAGUGACUUUGAUUCUGUCACUUUAAUAGCUCAAGGACUCUGCAUUCUAAUUAUAAAACAGUGAUCAAAAAUAACUUGCAUUAACAAAAUUAACGGUUUUAUGUAAAUGUUAGACGAAAACGAAUAAUGACCAAGAUUAAUGGAUCAGUCUUGAAUGCUUUGAAUCCAAACAACUUCAAAAGAAAUAUAUUAAAAAAUAGCAUCGUUUUCGACAUUUAAAACAUUCAGAAUAUUAAAGUAUUUCAGAUUCAAGGGCAAGUGUUUUCACCUUUGAAGAAAUUCAAUGAUAUUUUCUUUUGUUAGACAUUCCCGGGUCUGUUUUAUUAAUUAAUAUUAUUAAUAUACCCACAAACUAUAUAUACUAUAUAGGAAAUGUCUUUUAAAUGAUUAAAAUGAAGAAAAGUAUUGGAUAAAAUGAAUUAAUAUAUUCUUUAUGCAAUAUAAGUGUAUUUACUAUUACAUAUUGAGAAUAUUUUAUUAAUAUUGCCUCGUUGGUCUAGUGGCUUGAUAUAACGCCGCAGACCCGGAGGUCCUGGGUUCAAUUCCCAGGUCGGCCAAUAAAAAGUUGUUGGGUUUUUCUAUAAGUAGUAAUUCUCAGUAGCACCCUAGAGUCUGGAAGUUGGAAGAAUAUAUAAAAUCCCGUGCCUUGGAAAGCACGUAAAGCCGUUGGUCCUGCGCCUCUUCUCUUUCCGGUCAUGUCGGAUUGCCGUCCCAUCGGAUUAUGAGAGUUAGGGAAUAGAGAGUGCACCUGUGUUUGCGCACACACUUGUGCACUAUAAUCCUCCUGCUUAUAGUGCACACUUACUCCUGUGUAGUUGGCUAAUCUCUCUUGAGAUUGGCCGCUGUAGCCGAAAUCGGUCUGGAGGACAUUAUUAUUAUUAUUAACAAUUCUUAAAACAGUCACAAUUUUUGUCUUCUUCAUUUGAAUGUUCAUUUCUAUUUUUUUAUCUAUAUAUUUAUUAUGUAAAAUUUGAAAUACAUGUGCAUGCCGUUGAUUAUUUCAAAUCUAUUUAAGUAUCAAUACAUUUUUGUUAAUAUUAAACCAAUUGAACGAGUAAUGUAUGUUACAUUUAAAUAUUUUGACGUAGCUUAGUAUGAAUUUAUGUAACUGUGAUAAAUUUCAUAUAUAUAAUAUACUCCUAAUAUUCAGCCUUAUAUGUAUAUAUUCUCAUUAAUUGUCUUUUUAAGGUCUCGAGUCUCGAAAAAUAUCGAGUAGUAGUUUCAACUUGCGAUAGUGUAUUCUAACUUCAACGUUGUUAUUUUAUUCAAUAAAUUAUUGUAAUAAUAAUAACAUACUACCUAUAUCGUCUUAAUUUUCAACUAAAAAAGCCAAGCAACUCAACGCCUCUUAAUAUAGUCAUCUAAAUUUCAGUUGGCAACAGUUAUUUAUUAUAGAUGGCUACUGGCCUCUAUCUCAAAUGAUUUGUGAUAAUAAUUGAUAUUCGGAUAUUCGAGGCCACUUUUAACAAACUCUGAUCGAAUAAAUUACGUUUCAAUUAUAAUUAUAUAGGGUAAAUAUUAGUUGUAACUGUUCGUGGAUACGUGUCUAUCGUCUCAAGUGUUAUGUUGUAAAGUAGUAGUACAUUUAUAAGGAUCGAAUACUUCAAUUCAAAUACCUCUAAUUGUUAAUUGCAAAAAAAAAAAAAGUUUUAUUUAUUUUUCAAAUAAUAAAAGACAAUAAAAGAAGUAGUUUUAUUUUUUCACAUGCAUUUCAUUAUCUGUUUCGUCUUGUUUGUAAUGUCAUAUGUGUAGCGUAUAGUUAUUUUAGAUUUAUAUAUAAUGUACAGCCAAAAUAUGUUUUUUAAAUGGUAUCGAAAUGUUCAAAGAUCUGUGAUCUUUGUUUAUUGACAACAA